AUGAAGCAUCUAGGUCAAGACGUCAGUGAUGCUGUGGGGGAAGAAGCAGUGUUGGGGUUGCAGGGUCUUGGACAGGCACCUGCUGAGCUUCCCGUGGAACACAGCACUGUGAACUGCCCUCAGACUUCAGUGAUGGUCACAGGAAAUGCUUCCAAAAUGAUUACUUCCUGUGGCUUGGAGAUGAAAGAAAUCAUCCCAACAGGCUCAAAUUCCUUCGUGGUCAACAGGGAAAAGAAAAGCUUUCCAUACAGCAUCAGAAGAGAUGCUGAAAACCAGGACUCGCUGGUCCCAUUGGCAGACAAGAGCUACGGAGGAGCAGCUGGAGCACGGACAUAUCACAGACUAUUUUGUCAGAACCAUCCGCGCUGCGAGGAGGAGAGGCGGAUCUGCAGAUUUCCAUGUGGCUGUGUGGAAACGGUGAAGCUGUUCAUUGGAAAUCUUCCCCGGGAGGCCACAGAGCAAGAGAUCCGCUCACUCUUCCAGCAGUAUGGGAAGGUGCUGGAAUGUGACAUCAUUAAGAACUAUGGCUUUGUGCACAUAGAGGACAAGACGGCCGCUGAGGAUGCCAUACACAACCUGCACCGCUACAAGCUGCACGAAGUGAACAUCAAUGUGGAAGCCAGCAAGAAUAAGAGCAAAGCUUCAACCAAGUUACAUGUGGGCAACAUCAAUCCCACUUGUACCAACCAAGAGCUUCGGACCAAGUUUGAGGAGUAUGGCCCAGUCAUUGAAUGUGACAUCGUGAAAGAUUAUGCCUUUGUACACAUGGAGCGGGCAGAGGAUGCAGUGGAGGCCAUCAGAGGCCUUGACAACACAGAGUUUCAAGGCAAACGAAUGCACGUGCAGUUGUCCACCAGCCGACUUAGGACUGCGCCCGGGAUGGGAGACCAGAGGGGCUGCUAUCGGUGCGGGAAAGAGGGGCACUGGUCCAAAGAGUGCCCAGUAGAUCGUUCGGGCCGCGUGGCAGACUUGACUGAGCAAUAUAAUGAGCAAUACGGAGCAGUGCGUACGCCUUACACCAUGAGUUACGGGGAUUCCUUGUAUUACAACAACACGUACGGAGCGCUCGAUGCCUACUACAAGCGCUGCCGUGCUGCCCGCUCCUAUGAGGCAGUGGCAGCUGCAGCUGCCUCUGCAUAUAACUAUGCAGAGCAGACUCUGUCCCAGCUGCCACAAGUCCAGAACACAGCCAUGACCAGUCACCUCACCUCCACCUCUCUCGAUCCCUACAAUAGACAUCUGUUGCCACCUUCAGGAGCUGCUGCUGCAGCAGCUGCUGCUUGUACUGCAGCUUCUACUUCAUAUUACGGGCGGGAUCGGAGCCCCCUGCGUUGCGCUACAGGCCCAGUCCCCACUGUUGGAGAGGGCUACGGUUACGGGCAUGACAGUGAGUUAUCCCAAGCUUCAGCAGCCAUGCGGAAUUCCCUGUACGACGUGGCCCGGUAUGAGCGGGAGCAGUAUGUGGAUCGGGCGCGGUACUCAGCCUUUUAAAGUUUGAGGUGGGAUGUGUGUGGGCUGAAAUUCCGAGCUGCGGUUGUGCAUGAGAAUACACCCUUCGUGGUACCCCAUCUCCGGGACGUUCUCGGCUCUGUGCAUUCAGUCCCUCAGGAACCAUGGACCUUAAUUUACCUUGUUAAGUUCAGAUUUUCUUUUCCUGUUCUCUCUCCUGCUCAAUUCCCUGUUCUCCUGUUUAUUCUUCUGUAGCUUCCCAUUCAUGUUCUGUUUUUCCAGCAUGCCUCCUAUGCAGGAACUGGUAGGGGUUGUGCUGUCUCUUCCCUGCCUCCUGACCUUGCUGAGAAUCACUGCUCCUCCAGGUUUUCUUUUUUGGCCCAAAGGCUAGUCCUAGAGAUUUGGAUCACUUUCCAGUGAAAUAAAUGGUUUCUCAAAUUAG